AUGGACCACGAUCAACUCGUGCAGGCGUACUUUGCCAUGCUAACUGUAGGUUGUCAACGUGAUAUUUGUCCAAACUCGAACUGCUGCUCCAAUCCACACACACGAGCUCUUACAGCGACCGAGGCUGCAAUCAAGAGCAUUUACUUCGCUACGACAACUCCGCAAGAUCUUCAUCCAGAAACACCCGACGAUGUGCCAAAGAUCCAAGCGCUUCAAAAUGACACAGCCCCGGCAACUCCUACGACCUCGAGUCCUCCUAAAUCGACCCCACGGCGACGGCUUUCGGUUGCGGUGCAGCUGGACAGUGGGCUCAACAAGAACCGCGACCUUCAAGUUAAAAGACCCACUGUCAUCACCCGCGUCGCUGUCCAGCCCAAGCACAAACCAGACAUCGAUCCCACCGUCAGUCCUGCGAAAGGUGCGAGGCAACGACUGCUGAGUCGACCGAAGCAGAAGUUGUUCGAUGCCAUCAAGCGAAGCUUCUCGCGCUCCAAGAAGGCCUCGCACGGAUCAACAUAG